CACGUCCCUGCUUCACCUCCACCGCCGACCAGCUGACCGACCGACCGCGUUUGGGACGACGGCGCCAGGCGUGCGCGAGUUGCAGGCGCGAUAAGAUACGCUGCGAUGGAAACAAACCCUGCGGCGGCUGCAUCAAGCGCGGGUACGGCCCCGAGCAGUGCAUCGACGGGUGCGAGCACUGCCGCCGCGCGCGCGUGCGCUGCGAGGGCGGCAAGCCCUGCGUGCGCUGCCGCGAGGCGCAGCUCGAGUGCGUCGAGGAGAUCAGCGGCGCCCUGGCCGCCGCCUCGUCCUCGUCUUCGUUCAAUCCGGCCCACGGCCCGGGUGCGGACGCGGGGGACACACGCGGGGUGGACGGCGGCGGUGGGGCGCCGCCUGUGCUGGUGCUGCGCACGCAGCGCGCGAAAGGGGGGGACCGCGCGAAGCUAGCGUGUGCGGCGUGUCGGAGGGAUAAUAAGAAGUGCGACGACCAACGUCCGUGCUCGAGGUGUGUCGCGAGGAAGGAGGACUGCGUGCAUGUGGGGCGCGGGCCGAAGCUCGUCAAGCUGCGCUGCGAAGGCUGCCGACAGGAAAACAAGAGGUGCGAGGACGGGAGGCCGUGCAGGCACUGUGUAGAGGCUGGCAAGGAGUGCGUGACGCUGCAGAGAAAAGGACGUGGGCACGGUACUCGUGUUAAAGCGGCUUGUGUGAAUUGCAGACGCGAUAAAGUGCGCUGCGGAGGAUCCAGACCAUGCGAACCCUGCCUACGCAAGGGCUACCAGUGCACCGACCGCGGGUGCAGAGCCUGCAUCCAGCAAGGUACUGAAGCCGAGUGCACGCACCGCAAAGACCUCGAUCCACAAUACUCCAACGACGAGCAAGACGAAAACGCCAUACAAGGCCGUAAAGGCGAGCCAAUGGACUUCUCAACGACGCAGGCUCAGGUGCCGCAGCACCACCUCCACCACCAGCAGCCCGGCGCGCCGCCCAUGUUCGCGGCGCCGAUGGACCCAUUUGGCCCUGGCCCUGCGCACUACCAACAGCUCGCGGCGCAGGCGGGCGUGGGCGCUCAUGCUCACGCCCAUGCGACUGGGCUCCCCCCGCCCCCCGGGGUCGCGCAGAUGGUUCCGGGGACGCAGCCGUUGCAAGCGAUGCUCGCUGAGGCGUUUGCUGCGCAGCAGCAGCAAGUGCAACAACACGCACAACAGCAGCAACAGCAGGGGCAGGGGCAGCAGGGCGGAUACGUCCCUGUGAUUGACCCUCAGAUCGAGGCGCAGAUGGAGGUGCCGCGGGCGAAUACUAUUGAUCCGAAUAUCUCGUCGGAGAGGUUCGAGCCUCCGGUUCAGGCUACGCAGGAGUCGUCGGGUCGGUGAGCCGGAGGGCGGAGGCCUGAAGCUAGGAGUUUGAGGUGGUCAGUGGUCAGAGGGGCGGAGUGUUGAUGUAGAUGUGUGUUUUCAUCGGUUCUUUUGACUCGUUUCUUUGCUUCGCUCGCGAUCGUGUUAUGUGUUUGUGCUUUGUGUUUCGCAGCUCGUUGAAGUUGUAUCACUAUGACAUAGAUUAGUGCGUACGUAUACUGUCUGUUUUUUCUUGUAAUUCCUAGACUUUGUAGAGC